CCCGUCAAUAUUAGUUCUGGGAUCCGGGUCAAAUUCUCGAUAAAAACACAUCAAACCCUGGCCGGAGCUAAAUUCAGCGGUUUGGACCCCGUCCUAAUUAAUAGCCGAAAUUCAGGGAUUAGAACUAGGGGAUUGAUUACCUCGCUGCAGGAAGCUCGUAUAUGAAAUUUGGGCUCAAUCCGGCUUCCGGAUACUCCGAAACCCUAAUUUGGCUUAUCGGGAAUUCAAGAAAUUCCUGAACCAAAAACUCGUUUUAAAGCUCUAAAUCGAUAAAUCACGAUGUAUAGAUGAAUUAAGCAUUACUUACGGGAUUUUUGGAUCAGUGUAGCUCAAGAAUCGAGCUAAGGAAAUUUUCCCCGAGCUCCCCUGUGCGCGACUGUUGUCGCUCUGCUUUGUUUUGAUUAUCUCGGUGGAAAUGAGAAAACGAUGGUGAUAAUGGACGAGUGGGGGGAGAGAGAUUAAUAUAUAUGCGGCCGCUUAAUUAAUAUAUAUAUAUAUAUAUAUAUAUAUAUAAUUAAUACGUAUACUUAUCCGAUCGAUCGAUAAUCCGAUUUUCGCCGAAAUACUGUUAAAACGCUCGAUUUUUAAAUCGCGAACUUUCUAGCGAUCGAAAUACGAUUUUAGUCGAAACGGGAUGUUACAAAAACAAUAAGGAUAACUAGGCCCCAGAUAAUUAGCCCAAUUGCUACGUUGGCCCAAUUAUCCAAUUUCCCUUCACCAAGUGGCACAACUACAAAAGGUUGCCACUAAUUAAACCCUUCCAACCUCAUUUCACUACACCCAUUCCUUAGGUUAAAAUGGUUUAAUCCUCAACCCAAGUGACUAUCCCCAUUCUAUAGCAGUUACUUCAAUGUUAUGAAGAAAAAAAAAAUCCCGCAUAAUUAAAAUCACACAAAAGAUAAAAGAAAUCAUUCUCUUUAUUGAUUACAAACAUGUGGGAUCAUACGAUUGACAAAUGGAAUAAUAUCAAUGAUAGAAACACAAACAACCAAAAGCCUUCAUAUGGACUUAUAAUAAUAAGUAUCGAUCAUACAAGAAACCGUGGCCAAAAGAAUUGCGCAAGUAUAUAAACAUUAUACAUAUAUAAGAAAGUAUCAAAUCCAAGAAGUAUUUCGUCGUAGUUCCAAGAUGGGUCUCAUUGACUUGUCAUCGUCACUCUCUUGCUUCACAAACCUACAUAUAUGGAUCAACUAAAAUGUCAAAUACAUAUGGAUAGCAUCAUUUUCGUACAAAAAAUAAGAAUGAUAUGUAUAGUACGACGAUUAGGGUUUUGUGAACGAACUUACAAGUAUGGCGGCGGAAGUAAUGUUAUGAAUGGUUUAGUAAGUUGCUGGAGGUGGUGGGGAUUUGUAAUAGUAGUAAGGAGGCGGCGGGGAUGGUGAUGGCGGUGGCGGAGAUUUGUAGUAGUAUGGUGGCGGCGGAGACGGUGAUGGUGGUGGCGGAGAUUUGUAGUAGUAUGGUGGUGGUGGAGAAGGAGAGGGAGGGGGUGGAGAUUUGUAAUAGUAGGGAGGAGGAGGAGAUAGCGACGGUGGUGGUGGUGACUUAUAGAUGUAAGGAGGAGGAGGUGAGGGUGAUGGCGGAGGUGGUGAGUUGUAGAUGUAUGGUGGAGGAGGCGAUGGCGACGGUGGUGGUGGUGAUUUGUAGUAGUAUGGUGGCGGAGGAGAUGGUGACGGUGGUGGUGGUGAUUUGUAGUAGUAUGGUGGUGGCGGAGAUGGAGAUGGCGGGGGUGGUGACUUGUAGAUGUAAGGAGGAGGAGGUGAGGACGAUGGUGGUGGUGGUGACUUGUAGUAGUAAGGUGGUGGAGGAGAUGGCGACGGCGGAGGAGGAGACUUAUAAUAGUAAGGAGGAGGAGGAGAUGGUGAUGGUGGAGGUGGUGACUUGUAGUAGUAAGGUGGUGGAGGAGAUGGCGACGGCGGAGGAGGAGACUUAUAAUAGUAAGGAGGAGGAGGCGAUGGUGACGGUGGUGGUGGUGAUUUGUAGUAGUAAGGUGGUGGCGGAGAUGGAGAUGGUGGCGGUGGAGACUUGUAGUAGUACGGUGGUGGAGGAGAUGGCGACGGUGGAGGGGGAGACUUGUAAUAGUAAGGAGGAGGAGGAGGAGGUGAUGGAGACGGCGGAGGAGGAGACUUGUAAUAAUAUGGACGCGGCGGUGAUGGUGAAGGUGGUGGAGGAGAUUUGUAGUAGUACGGUGGUGGUGGCGACGGUGACGGCGGCGGCGGUGACUUGUAGUGGUAAGGUGGAGGCGGGGAUGAGUAGUAGUAAGGUUUAUCGUCGGCUACUGCGAAGGUUAUUGAUAGCAUGCAUAUCGCCGCCGCAACAAACACCAAUUGGUGAGGCCAAAAAUUGGCCAUCUUAGGCAAAUCUUGGUUUUGCUUGAUCUCUCUACCAAGUUCAAGUUUGAGGAUGGAUUUUGAAGCCUUUGCUUCUUUGGUUUAUAUAGGCUCAUAAUAAUUAAGCAUAUGAUAAAAAAAAUUAAUUAAUAUUAAAAUCGAACAAAUUAAUGGGUUGAUGGGGUUCCACUAGUCUAGCUCUCACGUAUUUUUUUGGUGCAAUGAUUUUGGUAAAUAUAACUAGCUAAAAUCAAUUGAUCAAGAACUAGUCAAGUUAAUUGAAUAUAUUGUUGUUGUUGUCGUCGUCGUUUAUGUUUUUAUUAAUUGAUGAAUUAUGAGGUAGUCCUCUUCAUGAACCAAUCAAACUGAUCAAGGGACAUAAAAUAAGCCACAAUUAAAGUACUACAACGAUGAAUUGUUCUUAGAUGUAGACAUUUUGCAUGUUAAUGGAGGAUAUGUAGGUUUGAUUUGGGUCUUUUCUUGUAAACUUCUAGCUAGCAUACAUUGUGUUGAUUUUAAAAAUUACAUUGCAAGAGAAAAUUAGCUCGGAUAAUUGUUGUCAAAGCGCGACGUCGACCUGAAUUAGUAAAAGAUUUAAGGUUGAGAGCAGUAAUUAGUCGUUAAUCAGUAUAAAACCGUUUGAACAUCCCAAUCACUUAUAAAAUCGAAAAUAUAAUUACAAUCUUGUAUAGUCUAGUUGGUAUAGAUAUGUUUGUCUUUCAGUCAAGGGACUUGGGUUCAAAUCCCAGCAAAAAAAGUACACUUGUACUAUCCAAUAAAAGACAUUGGACACAAACUGAAAGCUGGGUCGACGGGGUCAGGGCGCGGUUAAUCGCUCAAAAUAAUCGUGCCUUGGGCCUCAUCAUGAUCUUACCCAAUUUCAGCAUGUCCGAGCCGGAUUUGUGACCGUGUAUAGUUUCUUUGAGUCGAAUUGACCGAUCCGAUAUGAGUUUAACAACACUAAUUCCGAUGCACUAAUUAAUAUCAAGAACAAACGUGAAUUUAAUUAUUUAGUUGGGGAAUUCAUCAAAUUUACCUUCAAUUCAAGACUAGUAAUAUUGCCACUAGAUCAAAUCUUAAUUAUUUGGGAUUUAUCUAUAUUUUCAUUCAUCAAGUUGGGGGGAGUUGUAUGUUUGAUCAUUCAGAAACAAUAGCUGGCCUGGCAUGUAUGAUAUCGUUGUCUUGAUUAUCAGCUUUUGAUCGAAGAAAAUCUGGCAAACUAUGUAUCUCUUAAUCACGUUAAUAAUUAAUUAACACUUGUGUUUCUUUUAUAUAUAUUUCUGUCUCCUUUUUUAUGUCGGAUUGGUCAAGUUAGAUGAACUCAUUGGCUACAUAUGCUCCACAUGUUGGUUCUAGAGAAGAAUUCCUUGAAAAACUAGUUCUUCCCAUGACUAGAAUUUAGAAACAUUUCACAAAUAAACCUAAAAAUCAUUUAUAUUUUUAAAAGUUCGAAGGUGAUUCCAAUGCUAAACCGUGAUAUGCUUCAUUUCUGUUGAUGUUUGAGAAAUCGAUGUCAGAGAAUGAGUCUUAAUUUUUGGUUGUUCCUUGAUCUCGUCCAAUAGAAUCGAAAUGCUUUUUUCUUGUAAGAGGUUGACAACUUUUCGAUUGUUUAGUGCACUUGAACACUUAGAUGCAACAUCUGUACACAAUCGAUCAGAAAUUCGUAAUGAACUUCUUCGUCAUGAAUUGGUGGAUUUAAUUUGAAUUCCCCAUCGUCUUUAAGGACUAGUGUUAUAAUAACCUCUAUUUUUUUAUAUAUAAGGAUGAUAUAAGUUUAGUUUUAAUGUUAGAUAAUGCUACUAAAGAGAUUGAACAUAGUACCUCCGGAUUGAAGACCAACGAUUUAACCACUAGACCAGACACUUGUUUGCGGCUUUAACCCUUAGUUUUACCUUGCCAUCGUAAAAAAACCUACGUAAAGUGAUUAUUGUAAAACUAUAUCCGUAGGUAUUCAAGCUAUCAUAGCACGAUGAUCUACAACAAAUUAUCAUAGACACG